AUGGACCAAAAUCAAUCGGUCGAGGGUACCAUACCCCUUACUGUGCCUUCGGUCGAUACUCCGUGCUACACUUUCUACAAAAUCUUCGGCGACCUUCGCAAAGGUCCCCCUCUGGUAAUCGUCCAUGGCGGUCCAGGCUCUGCGCACGAAUACAUGCUCCCAUACGCCAAGCUUUGGACUCAACAUGGCAUUCCCGUUGUAUUUUACGACCAGAUCGGCUGUGCAUCAUCCACCCACAUUCGAGAGAAAGCAGGAGACAAGUCCUUCUGGAGUAACGACCUCUUCAUCAAGGAGCUAGAAAAUCUUCUAGACUUCCUUCAUGUGCGUGAUGCUGACGGACCUGGUUUCGAUCUUCUUGGGCAUAGCUGGGGCGGCAUGCUUGUCGCUGCCUUUGCUGCUCGCCAACCACGAGGACUACGCAGGAUUAUUCUCGCAAGCGCUCUGGCGAGUGUGGAUCUUUGGAGGGAGUGUCUUCCCUACUUCAAAAGCAAGCUCACUCCCGAAGCAAGACAGGCACUAGAGGAUGUUCUCAAAUCCGGCAAUUUAGAAAACCCGAGUCAGGCCUUCAGGGAGGCUGAAGCAACUUAUAUGAAAACAUUUUGGUGUCGCAAAGACCCGAUUCCACCCGAGCUUUUGACGAUCAAAAAGCACGGCGAGAUCGAUUCGACUGUACGCAAAACAAUGUAUGGGCCAUCUGUUUAUAUGUGUAACGGCACUCUCCAAGAUUGGACCUGUAUUCCGUUACUCACUCAAAUCAACGUACCAACUCUCGUCUACAAUGGAGAAUUUGACGUGGCGCAGGAUAGAGUGACUGCUCCCUUCUUUGAGCUCAUUCCUCGUGUGCGGUGGGUCACUCUACCUGGUGCGAGCCAUAUGAUGCAUGUCGAGAGUGAAGAGCUACUGCAAAAGAUCUUUGGGUUCGUUGUCAGCUUUUUGCGAGGCGGGAGUGAAGAUGUAAAGGGUUGA